CUUUCAUCCAAUGGUGCAAGAGCAAGACGCACCCAACGCACUUGCCUCCGACGCCGAUCACCCCGCUCCGCCGCCCCGCCUCCUUUCUAAGCACCGCCCGCGUCGCCGCGCCGCUGCCCCUCGCCCGCCCCUGCCACCACCUGCGCCACCACUGCCCGCGCGUCGCCUGCCCGAUCUCAGCCAGUGCCACUGCUGCGGCUUCCGCUUCCGAACGCCCCAGCCGGGGGCCAGGCCCAAGCGCCGCCCGCUCUGUCCACUCAGUUCCCUAUGGCGCGUCGUCCUCCUCUGCGCCGAAUGCCUCUCCCUGGUCCGCUGUGGCGCUGUAUGCUCUUACUGCCUCUCCCUCGACAACCUGCCGCCCGAGGAUUCCGCCGUCGUCUGUCGCCGCUGCAACCGCUAUGUCCAUCGAUCCUGUAUCCCUGCCGAACACCGCACGGCCGUGAUCCAGCCGGUCGAUGUGGAGGAUUUCCUCUGCGUCGAUUGCCGUCCCACCGUGAGAUCGAAGAACGGGGGCUUCAAUUUGGGGCUGAAUCUGGAUGCUUGCAUCUGGGAUCGUACAUCCGUUGCCAGGGAGAACGCUCUGAGGAAGGCUGUGGAGGUGAAGCCCGCUUCUAAGCGGGGGAACGACGCUGUUGGCGGCAGUGGGUUGGUCGGAAGGGGCAGUGAUGUUCCAGUUCUGCCGGACGAAGAGUUAGCUUUGCAGCUGCACCUGGCAAUGAAUGGAUCACAGAGGAUUUCACGUUCAGGUGGUGCCUCUGCCGAUCCAGCCAAGGGGAAGAAUGAUGGGGUUGCUAGUAGGAUUUGCAACACAAAUCAGGAUAUUUGCGUAACAAAUAUGAUGGCUCAGCUUGAUGAAGAAGAACCAGGUUGCAACAGGGUAUUAAAGGGCCUUAGGAAUUCUGAUUCCUCUGUCACAGUGGUUCUUGCGCUGGAAUGUGUGAAAGGUAAACGCACUGAGGAAAGCAUGAAAGCUAAAGGAAAAGGUCCUCAUGUGAUUACACAGAAGGAUGAUUUGGUGGAUCCCUAUAAGAAGUAUAGUAAAAGGAGUUCAAGCAAAUUAGCAAAAGAUGAAUAUGUUGCAAGCCCGAAAAUGUAUGAUGGGAUGGACAUAGAAGAUGCUGAUCAUGAUGGUAAUGGGGUAGCUCCUAUGAAAUAGACUGCUUAUACCAUUCUGAGGUUAUUGUUGGCAACAGGAGAUGACAAUGAAGCUUCAAACUGGAAAAUGAACGUAGUAACUUCUGUUUGUGACAAUACAGAAUCAGCAGCAGCAGCACUUCCAAAACAGCCCACCACUCACCAGCCAUGUAGUUGCUGGGUUUUCCUGCUUGCAUGCUGCAACAGCUUCACAUUAUUGAAGAAACCGAUGAGGCUUCUGUGGAAUUAUGAGCUGAGAUGAACCUGGCAAGCAUUGGAAUCUGGUUUCAGAAUGCUCUAAUUUUGAAGAUUAACUUGUGUUCCAUUUUAAGCGUGUAGUAAGUUGCAAGGAAGCCCUUUACUUCUGUUCAUAGGUUGCAAUCAGUUUUGUGUGCUCCAAAGGUAAUAUUUGAUUGCCACAGUUGCAGGGAUUCAAUAAAUCCACGAGUUAGAAAUGACCAUUUGAUGAUGAAUAAGAAUGAAUGUCUGCCUUGUGCUAUUGGAUAUGGAUACCAAUAACAGACACAUUGUCAUGUAUGCGGGUUUAAUCCCAUAACAAUGAAACAAAUAUGUUGGACAUGC